CCGGCGCGCAGUUCGGUUUGGCGGCUUAGGAUUUGGAGUGCGAGCCGGCUGCGAUGUGGUCGCGGGUGAACCGAGCUGCUGAGGAGUUUUACUGUCGUCUCCUGCAGGAAUUUGAUGAAGAAAAGAAAGGAAUCCAUAAUGAUCCAUUUAUCUAUGAGGCUGAUGUUCAAGUGCAGUUGAUCAGCAAAGGCCAACCUAACCCUUUGAAAAAUAUCUUAGAUGAAAAUGACGUAGUAUUCAUCGUGGAGAAAUUGCCUUUAGAGAAGGAAGAAACAAGUCAUGUCGAAGAACCACAAUGUGAAGAAACUGCUAUUUCUGAUCUCUCUACUGGGGAGAAUGUUGGACCACUUGCUUUACCAGUGGGGAGAGCAAGGCAGUUAAUUGGACUUUACACCAUGGCUCACAAUCCUAAUAUGACCCACUUGAAGAUUCAUCAUCCAGUUACUGCCCUUCCUCCCUUGUGGGUAAGGUGUGACAGUUCAGAUCCUGAAGGGACCUGUUGGCUGGGAGCUGAACUUGUCACCACAAACAGCAUUGCAGGAAUUGUUUUAUAUACAGUCAGUUGUAAAGCUGAUAAAAAUUACUCUGUAAAUCUGGAAGACCUGAAAAGUUCACAUAAGAAAAGACAUCACUUGUCUAUUGUAACAACCAGGGGCUUUGCCCAGUAUGAGCUCUUUAAGUCCACAGCCUUGGAUGACACACUUGCUGCAUCACAAACUACAAUUACUUUGGAUAUUUCCUGGAGUCCUGUGGAUGAGAUUCUUCAAAGCCCUCCGCUGUCUUCAACUGCAACUCUGAACCUUAAAGUGGAGUCGGGAGAGCCCAGAGGUCCUUUGAAUCAUCUUCAGAGAGAACUGAAAUUUCUCCUUGUUUUGGCUGAUGGUUUGAGGACUGGUGUAUCUGAAUGGCCUGAGCCUCUGGAAGUAAAAUCUGCUGUUGAACUUGUGCAAGAAUUUCUGAAUGACUUAAAUAAGCUGGAUGGAUUUGGUGAUUCUACAAAGAAAGACACAGAGACAGUGAAGCAUGACAGUGCUGCAGUUGACCGUUCCAUUGAGUGUCUCUUCACUGUACGGGGGGAUCUCGACUUUGCUGAGCAGCUGUGGUUCAAGAUGAGUGGUAGUGUGGUUUCAUACCAAGACUUGGUGAAGUGUUUCACACUGAUCAUCCAGAGUCUGCAACGUGGUGAUAUACAGCCAUGGCUCCACAGUGGAAGUAACAGUUUAUUAAGUAAGCUUAUUCAUCAGUCUUAUCAUGGAACCAUGGACACAGUUACUCUCAGUGGGACUAUUCCAGUUAAGAUGCUUUUGGAAAUUGGUCUGGACAAACUAAAGAAAGAUUUUAUCAGUUUCUUCAUAGGUCAGGAACUUGCAUCUUUAAAUCAUUUGGAAUAUUUCAUUACUCCAUCAGUAGAUAUACAAGAACAGGUGUAUCGUGUUCAAAAACUCCACCAUAUUCUAGAAAUAUUAGUCAGUUGCAUGCUUUUCAUUAAACCCCAACAUGAGCUCCUCUUUGCUUUAACACAAUCCUGCAUAAAAUAUUAUAGACAAAAUCCUCUUGAUGAGCAACACGUUUUUCAGCUGCCAGUUAGACCAACUGCUGUAAAAAGCUUGUAUCAAAGUGAGAAGCCACAGAAAUGGAAAGUGGAAAUAAGUGGUGGUCAGAAGAAGGUGAAAACAGUUUGGCAACUGAGUGACAGCGCACCUGUAGACCAUCUGAGUUUCCACAAACCUGAUGUUUCUGAAUUAACAUUGAAUGGUAGCCUAGAAGAAAGGAUCUUCUUUACUAACCUGGUUACCUGCAGCCAGGUGCAUUUCAAGUGAAGUGUGCUGAUGGAGUCCUUUGUAAGCACCCCAAUAUUUUAUAGCAACAUUAUCAACAAGAGCCAAACUAUGGAAAGAGCCCAAAUGUCCAUCAACUGAUGAGUGAAUAAAGAAGAUGUGGUAUCUGUACACAAUGGAAUAUUACUCAGCCAUCAAAAAGAAUGAAGUUUUGCCAUUUGCAAUUAUGUGGAUGGAGCUAGAGUAUAUUAUGCUAAGUGAAAUAAGGCAGAGAAAGACAAAUACCAUGUGAUUUCACUCCUAUGUGGAAUUUGAGAAACAAAACAGAUGAACAUAUGGGAGGGGGGGAAAAGAGAGAAGCAAACUGUAAGAGACUCUUAAUGUUGGAGAACAAACUGAGGGUUGAUGGGAGAUGGGCGGGGGCUAGGUUAGAUGGUUGGUGGGUAUUAAAGAGGGCACUUAUGUUGAGCACAGGGUGUUAUAUGUACGUGAUAAAUCACUGAAUUGUACUGAAACCAAUAUUGUAACCAAUAUUGUACUGUAUAUUAAUUAACUAGAAUUUAAAUAAAAAUUAAAGAACAAAACAGUUUUACACUAGCCUAAUUGUAGCACUAAGCCGCAGAUGUAAAUUACUUUUUUAAAAUGUUUGAGAUGGUA